AUGGGCAAAACGCAAAAGAAGACCGGAAAGGGCCGAUUGGACAAGUACUAUAAGCUCGCAAAAGAGCAAGGGUAUCGUGCCCGUUCUGCGUUCAAGCUGAUCCAGCUUAAUAAGAAAUAUGCAUUUCUGGAGUCGGCAAGAUGCUGUAUCGAUCUGUGCGCUGCGCCUGGAGGAUGGCUUCAAGUAGCUUCGAAGACUAUGCCUGUCAACUCACUCAUUGUUGGCGUCGACUUGGUGCCCAUCCGACCAAUCCCUCGAGUCGUUACAUUCGCCCAGGAUAUUACCACAUCCGCAUGCAGAGCCCAACUUCGCAACGAACUCAAAGACUGGAAAGCUGACGUUGUGCUCCAUGAUGGAGCACCGAACGUUGGUACUGCCUGGGUCCAGGAUGCAUACAGCCAAUCUGAGCUUGUGCUCAUGAGUUUGAAGCUCGCCGUCGAAUUCUUAUCUCCCGGUGGAACAUUUGUCACCAAAGUCUUUCGAUCGGUUGACUAUAACAAUCUAGUAUGGGUAUUUAAUCAGCUGUUUGGAAAGGUGGAGGCUACCAAGCCACCUUCUUCCAGAAAUGUGUCUGCGGAAAUUUUUGUUGUAUGCCAGGGAUACCUUGCUCCUCAGCACAUCGACCCCAAAUUUUUGGAUCCCAAGCACGUCUUCAAAGAUGUGACUGCUGUUCCGCCUAUCCCUUCUACGUCGACCGCCCAGCCGGGAAGUAAAGCGCAUAACAAUGUCUUCCAGCCCGAGAAGAAACGGCGUGCUCGAGACGGAUAUGCGGAUGGGGAUUACACCCUCUUUCAUGCUAUUGGAGCAUCCGAACUGGUUCACUCCCAUGAUCCAGUGACGAUACUGGGCUCCUCAAACCAGAUCACCUUCAAGACCGACGAGGAGAAAGAGUGGUUGAAACAUGAAUUGACAACGCCAGAAAUUCUUGCCAACUGCGAAGAUUUAAAGGUGUUGGGCAAGGGCGACUUUAAACGAUUGUUAAAAUGGAGGAUAGCUAUUCGGGAAGAGAUCGGUCUGGAGACAAAGAACAAGCCCGUCGAGGACGCUACCGAAACAGUUGAAAUUAGCGAAGAGGUGGACGAGGAACAACAGAUCGAGGACGAACUGCAACGACUAACCACCGAAUCGGCCGCCCGAGCCAAACGUGACCGUCGACGCGCUAACGAAAAGCGCACCCGUACGGUCAUGCGAAUGCAGCUCCAGAUGACUGCCCCGUUGGAUAUCGGGAUGGAUUUCAAGGACGAUGCGCUCAAAGGGGACGUCUUUGAUUUAGGCGAGACCGACGGGCGCAAGGUCGAUUCUGGAUCCGAGUCCGAGUCUGAAGCUGAGUCUGAGGUCGAAAAGGCCGAGAAAAAGGAGAGCAUCGAGCAAUUGGGGGAAGAUAGUGAAGAUGACGAUGAACUCGAGGAUGAGCUUGACGGACUGUACGAACGGUAUCGAGAACGUCUGGCCGAGCGAGAUUUGAAGUUCAAGGCCAAGGAAGCGAAACGGAAAGAUGAGUCCCGGGACGAAUGGGGUGGGAUUAAGAAGGAUGAUGAUGCGAGUGAAGAUGAGGACAGUGAUGAAGGAGAAGGAGGAUGGGAUAUGACGCAGGCUGCCAAGGACGAUGACAAUGACUCGAGCUCGGACGAAGAGUCCGGUGCCGAGGAGGAAGAAAUGCCCGUGAUAGCGAAGAAAAGGAAAACUGAAAAGGGUGCCAAGUUGAUCACUAAAUUCGAGGUGCCCAAAGCCAAGGCGAGCAAGGCUGCGCAAGUUUGGUUUUCCCAGGAUCUGUUCAAGGGUGUCGGGGGAGACGAUGAAGAGGAUGAAGAGGACGAGGGAGAGGACGAAGAUGAAGAGAGCGAACAGGAAGAAGAGGAAGAGGAAGGUGCGACUCCUAGCGACGAGGAUGAAGACGAUUUUGAAAUCGUACCUCAAGAGCCAGACGAAGAUGAUACGCCAAUGUGGGACAUAGAUAAUGAGGAUGAGGAUGAAGUAAAGCAAGCAUAUAUCCAAAAAUACGGUCUCCUGACACCUGAAGCCCAAACACUGGCCCACCAACUCGUGAACCGACAAACGACCAAAACGCACCUCUUGAACGAUGGAUUCAACCGGUACUCGCUCAACGACCAAAACGACCUCCCAACGUGGUUCCUCGAUGAUGAAAGGAAACAUUACAAGCCUAAUAUCCCGAUCACGAAAGAGGCUAUGGCCGCACUUCGAGCUAAGCAGCGUGCAUUGGAUGCUCGGCCUAUCAAGAAAGUGGCCGAGGCCAAGGCGAGGAAAAAAUUUAGGGCUCAGCAGCGGUUGGAGAAGGCUUUGAAAAAGGCCGAGGGCGUCAACGACACGGACGAUAUGACCGAGAAAGAAAAGGCUGCUCAGAUCGAGAAGCUCAUGAGUAAAGGAAUGGGCAGCGCUAAGAAGAAGAAAGAGGUCAAGGUCGUUGUGGCUAAAGGUGUGCACAAGGGUAUAAAGGGUCGCCCAAAGGGCGUCAAGGGAAGGUAUGCCAUGGUGGACGCGAGGAUGAGGAAAGAGAUGCGGGCGAAGAAGAGGAAAGAAAAGGCAAACAAGAAGCGGAAGAGAACCUAG